CCGGGCCGAGCCGGGCCUUGCGGGCCCGGGGCUGGGGCCAUGGCUCUGCCCGUGCUGUCCAGCUCGGCCGUGAAGUUCCGCCGGGUGCUGGCGCACUUCCCGCAGGAGCUGAGCCUGGCCUUCGCCUACGGCUCCGGGGUGUUCCGGCAGGCGGGGGCCUCGGCCGAGCAGGGCGAGACAAAUAUGCUGGACUUUGUGUUUGCUGUUGAUGAUGCUGUGACCUGGCAUAUGACAAACUUGUCAAAGAACAGGAGUCAUUAUUCCUUCCUUAAAUUUUUUGGGCCCAAAAAGAUAAGUACUGUACAGAGAUAUGGAGCAGGAAUUUACUACAACACCUUAGUGCCAUGCAAUGACAGGAUGAUAAAAUAUGGAGUAAUUAGCACUGAUGCCCUGAUUGAGGAUUUGCUUCACUGGAAAACUCUCUAUGUGGCUGGGCGCCUACAAAAGCCGGUGAAAAUCCUGGCCCAGAAUGAGAACAGCAGGCUGCAAGCUGCUCUUGUCAGCAACCUGAAGAGUGCAGUGACAGCAGCCUUCCUCAUGUUGCCAGAGAGCUUCUCUGAAGAGGACCUGUACAUGCAGAUUGCAGCACUCUCCUACUCUGGUGAUUUCAGAAUGAUAAUAGGAGAGGACAAAUCCAAAGUGCAGAACAUAGUGAAGCCCAACGUUGCCCAUUUCCAGAAGCUGUACAGUACCAUACUCCAGGACUGCCCUCAAGUGGUGUACAAGCACCAUCUGGGAAGGCUCGAGAUUGAUAAAAGUCCAGAAGGUCAAUUUACACAACUCAUGGCUUUGCCAAAGACUCUGCAACAAAAGAUAACUGCUCUGGUAAACCCUCCUGGAAAAAACAGAGAUGUGGAAGAAAUUUUACUGCAAGUUGCCCAUGACCCUGACUGUGGAUUUGUGGUGCAUCAAGGCAUUUCAGGAAUUGUGAGACCCUCCAGUAUAGUGCAGAGUGCUAAAACCAUCCUGACAGCUGGGGCAAAGAAAUCUGUAACUUACAGCUUGAGGAAAUUAUAUAAGAUGACAAAGGGAGGGUUAAAGAAGACAUCCUGAGUCUUUACAUACUGUGUAUGGCAGAUGCUGUGUGGAGUCAGGCCCUGCCCAGCUCUGAGCUGUUUGUCACUGUCACUCUGCCAGAGGAUCCCUCUGUCCCUGCACAGGUGGGACUUUACUGCACUUCCUGCAACCUGAGCUGUUUGUCUUGUGCUGCUGGAUACCCACUGCAGGGCUGGAUGAGCUCUGUGUACAGCAAUAUGAGAGGUCAUUUCUUGCUCUUUGGAGUGAGUUCUGCACAUCCCAGCUCGACAGUUCCCAGUUCCCUCCAUCUGUUGGUGCACUGCCAGUAUCCCAGUCUGUGCACUAAAUCUCUGGGAGAUGUAAAAAAGUCCUUCCUCCUCAUCCAUAUAGGCUGAAAACUGGAUUCUGCUCUGUAAAUCAUUCAUCUUGUGCUUUUUAAAGAGUGGCCUACCUUUCCCCUUGGGGCCACUGGUCUUGAACGUAUUUAUUUUUCUGGCAGAGAGCCACGAAUGAAUCAUAGCCCUGAGCAGCUCGCUCUGAACUCCUCGCCAUUGUUAAGAGAAUACUUGGGGCAGUUGUUACAGGGCUUUGCUAUGUAAAACUUUUAAGAGAAGAGAGAUUGAUUUCAGCCUUGUUAGCUGCUUUUGAAGUUCCCCACCAGUUGUGUGGAAAUGAUUUCUUCUGCUCAUACAACUGUAAUCCACUAAAAUAACCGGGGAUUGUUGCACGGGAAGUCGGGACAUGGGAAUAUGUUACUGCCUCUUUGUCCUAUUGAGGUGUGGUUGUUCUUUCACCUAAAAAAAGUCACUUCAGCCUUUCAUUGCAUUUGUGACUUUCCUGUUUGUACCUUCCUGCUCCAUUUCCAUACUUUAUUGUUUCUUGUCUUGACUUAAUUCUCAAGUCUUUCAUUCUGUUCUUCAAACAUCCCUCUUUUCUGGCUUGGCUGUUCCACCAUGGAUAUUGUUUCAUGCUCCCUCCCCCUUUUUCCUGUGUAACAGAGCUUUCAUUAAAGGCAACCAGGCAGAUGAUUUAUUUCUGAUGUCUUAAAAGGCUUCUUUGUAAUGAAGAGCCUGGACCCAAUCAAACUCCUGAGGGUUUGUGUAGGUGAGUCAGCAGCAUGGGCCUCACUGCCUCUGACAUGCACAGUGCCAGGGGAGUGUGGAGCAGCUCCUGCUCCAGAGGGAAUGAUCUGGAUGACACAGAAAGAAGGGGAAAUCAAAAAAUCAGAAAUUUGCCUGCAUACAUAAUCGUUUGGCUGCUCCUAAACUCAGCUUGGGGAGGGCACAGAGCUGAACCACACAGGCUGCUGACUUCCAUCAGCAGAUGCAUGACGUGUUCUUCAUGGCUUGUACAUUUCCCCUUUGUCCAAGUGUUGGAGCAGGGAGUUUCUCCAGGUGCCUGACUGUGGGACCCUCCAAAUCCCAGCUGUGUCUGUAAGUGCAGAGCCUGUGUUUCUCACCUGGGCUUCCCUGAGGCUUCUCUUUAGGUUUUGUUGACCUUCCCUGUCAGCAGAUUGGGGUCAGUGCUGCAGCCUGAGCACAGGGAAGGUGCCCGUGGGCAGCAGACAGCUGAGCUGGGAUCCUGGGAUCCCUUUCUGGCAGAAAUACUUCACAGCAUCCCAGAGCUUCCUUUGCAACAAACAUCUGUGCCAAAAUCGGGGAGAUCAAGCUGGAGACAGAGGCCAGGAUUCCUGGGUGGCUGAGGCAGCUGAACCUUGUUCUUCACACUGAGGUGAUAAAGCAAGAGCCUGUUCUGACCUGGGAAAGUUUGGAAUAAACACAGCCCUUGGUGAGUGUCCAGUGCAGGGAGAUCCAAGCAGGGCUGUGACUCAUGCCUUUUCCCAGCAAUUAAUGUAAAAAUAGAAUUGAAGUUGAAAUAUGCUUUGAAGGUCAGAAUAUCAGUGUGUGUCUGAUGGUUUUUCCUGGGUAAGGUGUUGAGAGAGGACAAAGUAUUCUUCACUUUCAAAGUCACUCUGCUGGCCGUAUAGUCUGUAUAAAAAAUGAAUUUUCUUUGUAUUCCCUGCUGCAGAAAACGAGCCAUUCCUCCACAUGGCUGUUUUCUGGCCUGCUUUUUGUUUGAGUCGACAGUUGCUCUGUCACAUUUGAUACUACGGUUUCACAAAGUUUUCAGUGACCUUAUUUACCUGUUUUUUAGAUAAAAAUCUCCACCACAGUUGCUAACUGAUCCUGAGCUUAAUGACUGCCUUAGGGAGAGGCAGUAAUCACUUUACUCCUGCAUGUUUUAACCUCUUACUCAGCCUGCUUCAAUCAGAAAUGUUUAGAAAUUGAUGAAGUUUUACUACAUGAGCAGGAAGCUUCAGCCUAUACAUUCUGAAAUUAUUCAUGCAAACUCAAAUAUUUUAUUUACAUCUUUAGUCUUAGAACUUCCAUGUGAUUUUUGCCUUCGUAAUCCAGCACUCUGCCAAAUCCUUUCCAGUAGUGGUGGGGACUGUUUGGGUGGUUACACAAUUUUUUUCUGAGAAAUGGAAGGUCUUGCAGCUGCAAAGACAGACUGAAAAUCUGUGCAAGUGUAGUGGGUAUAGAGGAUUCUUCCUCAUUUUCAAUUUGACUACAUUUGAUCUUGAGGAGUUUGCAGCCACAUGGAGCUGUCUUUAAAGGAAAACAAAGCAAAAACUGACCAAAAACAAACACUCUGUGUUUUGGUUCCUUCACUUCCCUUUGUUGUACUGAAACCUUCUUUAAAAGCCUUGAACCUGAUAUUUAAGAUACCUCCCCAUCUCAAUUAAAUAAGGCAAGUAAAUAGUAAAA